AUGCUCCGUGUCUCUCGUUCAGUAACGGGAAACCGCAAGCUUUAUGCAGACAGUAUGAAGUCCGUCUGCAGGGCUCCAUCGGCUAGGCAUGCGCGCCAUGUCGUUCGCGCUGCGACAUGCGCAUCAUGCAGCUCAGCACCGCGACCAUUCUCCGUCCUCAACCGGCCCCCGCCGAACUAUCCUGGCCAUGUGCCUCUGACCACCAUCGAGCGUGCCAGUCUCGCCAUUGGCUCCGGCCUCAUGUCCUUGGUUGAUCCGCGACGCGGAGAUCUCAUCGCUACAGUUGGCGAAACGACGGCCACGCCCUACUUCCUCCCCCGCCUCCGCGACGCUAUGCUGGCUGACCCGACGGGUCGCCGCAUCCUUCGUGACCGCCCACGCCUGACAUCGACCUCUCUCAACCUCGACCGUCUCCGUAGUCUUCCCGAUAACACCGUCGGCCGUGCCUACGUCGGCUGGCUUGACCGCGAGGGCGUGUCCCCCGACACGCGCGCCGCCGUGCGCUACAUUGACGACGAAGAGUGCGCCUACGUCAUGCAGCGCUACCGCGAAUGCCACGACUUUUAUCACGCUCUGACCGGCCUCCCCGUGUAUCGCGAGGGGGAGGUGGCGCUCAAGGCUUUCGAAUUUAUGAACACCAUGAUCCCCAUGACGGGCCUCGCUGUUGCGAGCUACUUCACCAUGAAAAAGAGCGAACGGGCACGGUUCCGCAGCAUCUACGGCCCUUGGGCCCUGCGAAACGGGAGCAGGUCAAAGGAGGUGAUCAACGUGUACUGGGAAGAGAGGCUGGAGAGCAGCGUCGACGAGCUGAGGGCCGAGCUCGGCAUUGAGACGCCGCCGGAUCUAAGAGAGAUCAGACGGAGAGAACGGGAGGCUAGGAGGAAGGCAAAAGAAGAAUCGGCGAGGCGGAACGAGGCGACGGGCAGCAGCGCCUAG